CAGACCAGAGAAGCUGGCUUUGGCGAGAAAACUCUGCGAGGAUUUACUCCAGACGGUUCAUGACAAGUACAGUGCUUACCAGAACUCGAUGAGCGGUCAGGCAGGCUACUCGCAGAUGAACAACUACGGCAGGAUGUCCAUGUACCGCCCUGCCAUGCAAGCACAGCCGGUUGGAACGGCGUGGCUGGGCCCUGACGGCAUGCCGACGCCGUCACCGCAGCCGCCUUCGACGAAUGCGCAAGGACUGGCGUACGCACAGUACCCCGCUCCAGCCUCCAUGUACCAGCCGCCCGUACAGCAGCAGCAGCCACAGCAGCAGCAGGCGCAGCAGACGCAGCAGCAGCCAGCUGCGACGGUGGCAGCUAGCAAGCGGCGCUUUGUGGAAGAGCUUGACAAGGCCGACCCGUCCAGGCUGCUUGGAUACCAGGUAACUAGCCACAUCGCGCCACCCGCUCAGUUCUCCACAGCAAGGGCACAGGACUGUCGUCAUCAUCGUUAUUAUUAUUAUUUUGUUACUAUUAGUACGACUAUGACGCCUGGUUUAUCCGGGAAAGCCUCCCUGAUUGUCAGUGACGCUUUGUUCAGCAGUGUCCUGCCAAGUUUUUGGUCAUUAGCGGUGCGAUUCGAUUUUUUUUUUUCUUUCAAAAUUGGACCGUCACGCCGGCACGCAAAUGUUGCCGCUCUCGUGAAUGACGUCACGGGGUCUUUAACGUUCUCUGAAGCGAAAGGCACAUUAUUGUUAGUACGCCAGCGCUGCAGUAUUAGCCAGGGCAGCCGCUUCAUUUGAACCUCGGUCGUUCUCCCGCUUGGUCG